AGAGCAGGACACCUGGGUUUGCCCAAGGAAGGGGCGUGGAGAGAACUUGCAGCCACUGGGAGGGAGAAGGGGAGGAGUCAAGCUUUAAACGCCUUUUAGAGGCUGGGUACAGAUGGGAAAGGCCUGCCUGGGUGCGCUCCCGCAGCUGUGUGGACUUUGUGGCAACCAAGAGCUGCACAGAGCCAGGGUUAGCAGCUUCAACGGAAGACCCGUCUCACUGAAGCUGAGGGUAGAAAGCGGCUGGUAGACUUGAAAGAGCACUACCUCUUCGGUAAGGAGUGCCAGACAAGAAGGAUUCUGCAUUUAGCUUCCCAGAGCUGACAAUCGAUUGCUGGGAGCAAAGGUUGGAUUCAAGAGCUCUGGAAGAUACUUGAGUACCCAAAUAUUCAGAGUUCACUCUUCACUCUGGGAGAAGGGCAUUCAAGACACCCUCUCAAAGAGGCCUAACUUCCAACUCAUGGCGCUGGCCAGCUCCUCACAAGCAGAGACUUGGAACCUGGAUUCUCGGGCCUCCACAGCCUGUUUGCCCUUAGGACCUCAGGAGCAGGUCGGCGGGGGCCCUGGAGCGGCCGGGGGGCUUCCGAGUGAGAAGGUGAAGCGGCCCAUGAACGCCUUCAUGGUGUGGAGCUCUGUUCAGCGCCGCCAGAUGGCGCAGCAGAACCCCAAGAUGCACAACUCUGAGAUCUCCAAGCGCUUGGGUGCACAGUGGAAGCUGCUGGGCGAUGAAGAGAAACGACCAUUUGUGGAGGAGGCUAAACGUCUUCGUGCCCGCCACCUCCGUGACUACCCUGACUACAAGUACCGACCCCGGCGUAAGAGCAAAAACUUGGGCACCGGGUCUGUCCCCUUUAGCCAAAGAGGAGGUGGCCUGGCAUGUGGUGGCCCACUCUGGGGGCCAGGGUACACAACUACCCAAGGGAGCAGGGGCUUUGGGUACCAGCCCCCCAACUAUUCAACAGCCUAUCUGCCUGGCAGUUACACCUCUUCCCAUUGCAGACCGGAGGCCCCCUCACCAUGCACCUUCCCUCAGAGUGAUCCUAGGCUCCAGGGGGAGCGAAUACCCUCCUUCUCCCCCUACCUAUCCCCAGACUCUCCCACUCCAUAUAACACUUCCCUUGCUGGAGCCCCCAUGCCAGUAACCCACCUUUAACUGGCAGGGACAUCCAGGACCAACCCCACAGACCCAGGCUUUCCAGUUCAGAGCCCUACAAAUCUUUCAAGGAAGUAGAAUGCACAAG